AUGGCGUCCCGGAAAUCGCCGCUGGGUCUAUUUUCAGCUCUUUUACUGGCCUGCGCAUCGCUACCGCAGUAUGCGUCUGCAGCUCCCUACCCACAGCCAGAGCCACAGGCAAAUGUUCAAUGGGUGACCUCCAUCUGGACCGACACCUUGACGCAGACCCACACCAGCAUCUACAGUACUCUGCUUGCAGCUGUACCCACGGGCGGUCCCGACUGCGUUCCUAACACUGGUCUCGGAGAAUCAGCAUGCGGCACCAUUUGCUGCGCCGCAUCGCAGAAGUGUCAAUACGCCGGACAAUGUAUUGAUAAGGGUGCCAACGACGCCCCCUUCUUGGGCAGCACCUUGGCCGGUCACACUUACACGACCCAGUACAGCGCCCCCUACCGUCCUACCAGCGGCGCGACGGGAACCGCAGCCAGUGCUACAGCUAGCAGCACAGGCGGAGCGGCUGGCGGAGCGGCCGGUGGCAGCACGGCUGAUACCGGUCUGAGCGGAGGAGCGAUUGCGGGUAUUGUUAUUGGCACACUCGCCGGUGUUGUUCUGCUUCUUCUACUGUGCGCAUGCUGCAUCGUGCGCGGUCUCUGGCACGGUUUUCUGGCCAUAUUCGGCAUCGGAGCAGGCAACAAGCGGACUAAAGAGACGGUCGUCGAGGAGGAGCGGUAUGCUCGCCACAGCGGCCGGAGAGACUCCCACGGCUCUUGGUAUACCGGCGCCGGCGGUGGUCGUCCCAGCGGAGCGGCUGUGCGCAAGGAGAGCAGCGGUAAAGGCCUUAUGGGCGCCGGAGCCGCGCUCGGUACGCUCUGGCUCCUGCUCGGAAUGAAGAAGGACAAGAAGAAGGAGCCGUCGAGACGCAAGUCCAGGAGCGAGAAUAGCAGCUAUUACUAUUCCGACUAUACCUCCAGCGGAAGCCCUAGCUCGUUCAGUAGCGAUAGACGAACUCGGCGCUCUGCGCGCUCUGCCUCUGCUCACGGCGCUGGCGGUGCUGGUAGGACCAGGACAGCCAGCAGAGUGACGAGGACGACGACCCGCGUGUCGCGCGUUAGUUCCGUGCCUCCGCCGCCUCCUGGUCAGCGCCGCAUUUCGAGAUCUCCGGGCCCUAUGAGGGGAUGA